AUGAAAAAGAUUUAUAUUGGGAGAACGGCACUAAGAGCAUCAAGAAAUGGUUGUAGACAUCAGAAGAGGAGCUGGCUGCAGGAGCAGAAGGAGGAUCUGCGCAGACGUCUCGGCUGCACCACACACAAACUGCAGCAGCUGCGGAGCGAGAGCGAGGACACACGUCAGUAUCUGGAGACGGAGCUGCGUCGAGCUCAACAACAACUGGACAGAUUCACAGAGAAGCUGCGCAGGAUUCAGAGCAGCUAUGCAGCUCUACAGAGAAUAAACCAGGACAUGGAGGAGAAAAUACACCGAAUGACUCAACAUCACGACGAGGAGAAGAGAUCUCUGAGUCGAGAGAUCGUCACACUGAAAAACCACCUGAUGGAGGACAAGAUCACCAUCCAGAAGCUGCGAGAGGAUAACGAUCUGUACAGGAAAGACUGUAAUCUGGCGGCUCAGCUGCUCCAGUGUGGAAAAUCUCCUUACAGAGCACACAAACUGUCCGAGCUUCCCGCUGAUCUUCAGGAGCGAGUGAGCUCCCACAUGGAGCAGCAGAGUCACGGCUGGCAUCACUCCUUCUCAGACGCCGUUCCCACCGCCGUCAUCGGCCGGGUCCUGGAGAAACCUGAGCCUGGGAGAAGCUGUCCGGUCACACGCUCGCCGAGCCCACAAGCCCCAGUAUUCCCAUCCGGCACGGACAACAGAGUUCAGCGGCACACGGUGUACAAGUCGUCUGACCUGUCCUGCAGUGACACGGCCCUGUACUGUCCGUCUGAUGAGCGGCGGAGUGACCGCUGGCCGGAGAGACGGCAGAGCGCUGACCAGAGCAGACGGAUCCCAAGACACACGUCCACCGACGGCAACCUGGACGACGAGAGCUUCCACCUGCAUGGAGAUCCUUUCCAUGGGUUCAUCCUUGGAUCUCUUCCCGCCUCCAGCCGUUAUUCCAGCUGCAGCACAGCCUCGGAUGAGAAGGACCACGCGUCUUCCUCCUCCCAGCAGGCUCUGUUCGCUGACUGGUGUGAUGGAGACUAUGUGUUCAAGAACUUAUCCUCAUACGGAAAGGAAUGUCCAGGUUUUCCCAAGUCAAGCAGCUCGCAGCACGUGGGCUCACAGAACGGCCGAUCCGGAGACAGACGCUUCCACGUCCCUGCGGACACACCGGAGCGCUGGCGGCAGAUGAGCAUGGAGGACAUCAGCAGCUUCUCACCCUUCAGUUUCCCAGAGCGCUACUUCACGGUCGGUCCGGCCAAGACUAAAGCAGAUCCUCUUUACAGCAGCUUCCAGGAGGAAGACAACAUCUUCCAGAGACGCGCGCCGGAUCCACGAUUCCCUGCGUCAGAGGGAUCGAGUCCUGCGCUGUACCCGAAGAUGAGUCUGAAUCCACUGAAGACAGAGAGAGGACUGAUGUUUCACUCAAAGGGUUCGACAAGCAGCUUUUUCAUAACUGGAAACAACAAGAACAAGGAGAACACGACUAAAGACGCUUUACAGAGAGAUUACGCUGAUGAAAGUCCCGGCAGUUCAGCCGAGUCACUAAACCACGGUCUGGACGUCCAGAAAUACAAAGAUCUUAAAAACCCUGGAGCUCAGAGAAUUACGCCACAGCAUCAAAAGUUUGGAAACGCUGGACUCAGUCGCAAAAACAGUCUGACUAAAGCUCAGCUUUAUGGAACGCUGCUUAACUAACGAUCAGUAAAAUAAAGAAUAUGUGAACGCUUGCAAACCUGUUGA